CUAAACGAACAGUUUCCUCGUUGCGCAGUAGUUUAUUGCGAAUUACUAUGAAGACAGUAUAAACUCAAACACAAUGGCUGAAAACAACUAAAUCAAAUCCAAAAUAUACGACUGAAAAGGGUUUCAAGUCAAUAUAAGCAAACCUAUUAAGACAUGUCUAAUGUAAGAUUAUGUGGUUUGAAGCCAUUUCGCUUUGGACGAAAGACAUGUCUUUUUGAGUCAAUGAAAAGCUUUACGACGCCCAAGAAGCCUUCUAUGGCUCAUAACGAAGGGAAGGGAGGGUCAAUUGAGUGGUCAUUUGUUGGUGCAGACCAAUUGAUUUCAAUGAUGAAGGUCCAUAAGAAGAUCUUUGUCUUCAGGGAUAUCAUGGACCUUGUUCCUAUGAACAGUUCCGCUUCCUUGCAUGAGAUGGUUAUUACAACCUUAGAAGAUCUUCAAAGGCUUUACCCGGGGAUAAUACCAAGAAAAAAAGUGUCAAACAUCAAAGACAAGCCUAUACAUCAGGGUCUUGUCUACUUCUGCGAGGCUUUAAAGUCUCUUGGAGAAUCUUGGACGAGUGAUUGUACGGAAAAACACAUUUAUGAGUUACCAGCGUGUAAAGAUAACACCAACAUGCGCCAACUGGGUGAAACUAUGUCGACCAUACUAGAUUGUUUGAUUAAGAUUGCCAGUGAGAAGUUUGAUAUUAUGGAAGAAGAUGACCCAAAAAAAGUUAUACGGAACAACUCCUUUUCAGAUAUGACUCAUUUCCCUGUCACACCAAAAUCCGUGCUUCCAGAAUCUAUGAGCCCAGAAUAUUGUAGUACCAUUCCACUUUGGUCUGUAAAAGCUGUGGGAAAGCUGAAGCCAAUUGAUUUAAAGCGUUUAUCUUUCCACAUGUCACCGCCAUGCUUGCAAACCCACGAGACAGAGAAGGAACAAACCAUAAACAUGGAUAUAGUAGAUCAAACAGUUGAAAAUCCAGGAAGAAGCUUAUCACAAGAUAUAGUUCUUCAAUCGGACACUACCAGUGAUCAUGGAGAAACAUAUGAUAAUCCUCAAGCAACGGAAGACGUGGAGAAACUUUCAGCAUCUCCACCAGUAUUGCAGCCAAAUAUGACACUACCCCCACCACCACCACCACCACUACCUUUGAGCUCAAGUUUAGCACUAGUACCACCAAAUCCCUUCAAAACUGGACCAGCUCCGGCACCUCCACCGUCAAUGCCACGUGGAAGCGGAGCAGCUGCUCCACCACCACCUCCACCUGGAGCAGGGAGAUCCUUGCGGCCUAAGGCAACCACCAAACUGAAAAGGUCAACACAAUUAGGAAACCUAUAUAGAACUCUCAAGGGAAAAGUGGAAGGAUCCAUCAUCAAAGGCAAAUCAUCCGGUGGGAGAAGUAGUGCAAUUGGAGCAGGAACUAGUGGGAAACAAGGAAUGGCUGAAGCUCUAGCAGAGAUGACAAAAAGAUCAUCUUACUUCCAACAAAUAGAAGAAGAUGUUCAGAGGUACACCAAACAGAUCACAGAACUGAGAUCUGCUAUUACCAAUUUCAAGACAAAGGAUAUGAUAGAACUUGUUAAGUUCCACAAAGACGUUGAAUCCGUUCUUGAGAAUCUAACUGAUGAGUCACAAGUCCUAUCUCGAUUUGAAGGCUUUCCCUCGAGAAAGUUAGAAGCUAUAAGAAUGGCAACCGCGCUUUAUCUUAGGUUGGAUUCAGUUCUUACCGAGCUUCAAAAUUGGAAUAUAGUGACUCCUGUGAGCGAGUUCCUUGACAAGGCUGAACGUUAUUUCAGUAAGAUAAAAACGGAAUUAGAUUGUUUGGAGCGAACCAAGGAUGAAGAAUCCAAGAAAUUUAAAAGCCACAACAUCGAAUUCGACUUCUACAUCUUUAUAAAAAUCAAAGAAGCCAUGGUGGAUGUUUCCUCCAAUUGCAUGGAAGUAGCACUAAAGGAGAGGCGCAGUGAUGGUGCAAGCAGAGAUUCAGGAUCAAACCUUAUUAAUGGAAAAAGAAAAGAACAUGGGAAGUUGCUUUGGAGGGCUUUCCAAUUCGCAUUUCGAGUGUACACAUUUGCCGGUGGACAUGAUGAUCGUGCUGACAAACUGACCAGAGAAUUGGCUAAGGAAAUAGAGAGUGAUCCCAACCGGCCAUAACCUUUCACAAGAUUAUGCUUCAUACUACAAUCAUCAUUUUUUGUAAUGGACAAUUUAGACGUAGCUCCUCCAUAGAUGUCUUCGUGUUAUUCUCUCACCAAAAUCACAGUUUCACUUCUGUGAUGCAUACGGAUAUUUAUUAAAAUUUUACUAUCAGAGUUUGAACUU